AUGGGUGGUGGUGAAAUUCCCCCAUAUCCAACCCCCUCCAUCGGUCAUGGCGACCCCAGUCGACUGCACGCGGUGGUGGAUCUCGGCAGCAAUGGCAUCCGCUGCUCAAUCACCGACCUGGCCGCCCGGAGCGCCCGCAUUCUUCCCACCCAGCACAUGCAGCGCGUCAACAUCGCCCUCUACGACGCACAGUACGACGACUCCGGCAAGCAGAUCCCCAUCCCUUCCGACGUCAUCGAUGCCGUCGUCGCCGCCAUCACACGCUUCCAGACCAUCUGUGUCCAGUUGGAAGUGCCGCCUCAGAACUUCCGCAUCGUCGCCACCGAGGCCACGCGCAAGGCCCUCAACGGUGCCGACCUGGUCGCCGCUAUCGAGCGCGCCACCACCCGCCCCGUCGAGAUCCUCUCCAAGUCCCACGAAGGCGUCGUCGGCGCAUGGGGCAUCGCCAGCGGCUUCUCUGACAUCCAAGGCCUCGCUAUCGACCUAGGCGGCGGCAGUAUGCAGAUCACCUGGCUGAUCGCCCACGCCGGCCACGUCCAGCUGAGUCCGCGCCGCGCCGUCAGCUUCCCCUACGGCGCGGCCGCACUGACCCAGACACUCCACCUGCUGAAGCAAGGCAAAAGCAAGAGCGAGGCCCGUCGCGCGCUCGACGCCUUUCGCGCCGACAUGGAAGACCACUUUCGCGACGCGUUCCGCCAGCUAGCCAUCCCCGCCCCGCUCCGCGACCACGCCCGCCGCCACGGCGGAUUCGACCUCUACCUCUCCGGCGGCGGGUUCCGCGGCUGGGGAUACCUCCUUCUCUACCUACAUCAGAUCCACCCGGACAAGGAAUACUACCCGAUAUCCAUCAUCAACGGCUACUCCGCGCCGCAGGCCGACUUCGCCGACACCGACUCCGUCGAGCGCGCCGCCCGCACCGCAGACCGCAUCUUCCGCGUCUCCGACCGCCGCCGUGCCCAGGUCCCCUCCGUCGCCUUCCUGGUCAAUGCCCUGGCGGCUGCUGUCCCCCACGGCAUCCGUGCCGCCCACUUCUGUCAGGGCGGCGUCCGUGAGGGGCUCCUGUUCCGGACCCUACCGCCCGUCGUUCGCCAGCAAGACCCACUACAGGUCGCCACGGAGGCAUACGCCCGCCCCUCCGUCCAAGCCCUGCUCUACCUCCUCCUCGCCACGAUCCCACCUCCAACAACACGGCGCCGCUUCCCGAGCUCUCUAAACGGGCCCGUAAUCCAAGCCUUCGCCAACUCUCUCUACCUCCACGCCGCAAUGAGCAAGGAACUAGCCUCCACGGCAGCACUGUACAGCACGAGCGCGGGCCCGAUGGCCGCCGCGCACGGCAUCCCCCACGUCGACCGCGCCCGUCUCGCCCUCUUACUACAGGCGCGACACGGCGGGGCGCUGCCCCCGCGCGAGCGCGACUUCCGUCGUCGGCUGCGCGCACUCCUCCCGGCUGAGGAGGUAUGGUGGACGCGCUAUCUCGGCGGCGUAGGACUUGUAAUCGCCGCGUUAUACCCCGUGGGGAUUGUCGAUCCAGCUCAACCCCGCGUGCUGCCGACCGCGCGGUGGAGUAGUCAUCUGGGCAAGCGCCGCAAUAAGGAGGGCCUCGAGCUGGUGUUUCGGGUGCAGCGAGUGGAUGUCGACCCAUCGCAGGUGAAGGAGCUGCUGGAGGGUACGAUCCAUAAGAUUCGUAAAGUGGGCAAGCGGAAGAAUUGGGUUGGGGGGAGAGAUGGUUGGGGGAUGAAGGUUGGAGUGGAGGUGGAGAUUAUUAAAUGA